GGGUUCAAAACGUUUCGCCGCUCCUUCUUCGAAAACGUUCGCCAUAUUGAGCGCGACGGUCGUCUCGUCGCGCGGCCAAUCAGAUUCCGUUACCUCGCCCUUUCGUCUAUGCGAACAUCCUCACCUCGUCGAAGUUUGCACGUUACGCAUCUUUCUCCUCUGUCUCUCUAAUUUUUUCCUCUGUGUCUCUACGAAAGAGAUUCCGCGGAAUGGAAAUGAGCUUGGGUUGCGUUUCGUCAUUGCGAAUUCCCGACCGGUUUUUCCGCGAUUUCGCCGCCUAGGAAGUUUUUUUUAACAGCGCGCGAUGUCGUCUGCUUCGUGUUAAUAAAAGCGGUACAUCGUCUCGCGUAUCACACGAGUGUGUAUGUCCUCCGACAAGCCGAGGAGCGCGCGUCGCACCGAGGAAAGAUGAGGGGUGCCAGGAAAAAGAAGAAAACGUACUGUUACUGAAGCAAUCCGGUCCGUCGAACAUGCGGCAGAAUCCGACGUGUAUGAUGAAAGGGGCUUAUUAGUAUGCUGGAUAAGCGACGGCUGCAUGCCUCCGGUACGUCGCCAUGCACCCUCAUCUUCGUGGUCGUUUUGGCACUAACUGGAUGCUUCUCGUUCUGGAUUCACAUCGAUGGGUCAGGAUCGCCGACCCCUUAUUUCAGCGGCAGUGUGGCCGCGCCCGGAUAUAUCCUUAUAUUUCCCGGGAACGUCACGCCCUCCGCACAGUCUUACUCGAUAAACGAACUUCCGUCCGAUGAUAAAUCCACGCUGAUCAACAUCACGGACUUUAGGUUUACCAUGAACCACAAUCCCUGCAACCGUACGCAACCGUUGCUACUGAUGCUGGUUCAUUCGGCGCCGGGGAAUUUCCCCAAGAGGCACGUCGUGCGGGAGACCUGGGGUCAACAAGCGCCGGACGUGACUUUAUUGUUUCUCGUCGGAUACUCCGAGGAGUAUCAGUCCAGGCUCGAGGAAGAGAAUAAGAAAUAUCAAGACUUAAUACAGGGAAACUUUCUUGAUGCCUACAGAAACAUGACCUACAAGCACGUUAUGGGAUUAAAGUGGGCUACUUAUUACUGUCCAAGUGCCAAAUAUAUACUUAAAUUAGACGACGACGUUUUUGUUCAUUUACCGGCCAUGCUGGACUUUCUCACGCAUGGUCUCUCACCGUGGGGUGCAAGACGUCUAAUUCUCUGUGAUCUUAUUUCGGCUUCCGCAGUAAAGAGAUCCUGGCGUUCCAAGUGGCGGGUCUCUCCUCAGGAGUAUCCCGGUAGACUUUAUCCUGCGUAUUGUGCCGGUUGGGCGAUCCUCUACUCCCCCGAUAGUGUAUUUAUAUUGUACCGCGAGGCCCAGAAGGAGCCUUACUUCUGGAUCGACGACGUGCACAUUACCGGGACACUGGCUAGGAAAGUAAAUUUAACGCAAACUUCACUACAUUCUUGGGUGCUCACAACCCAGAAUAUGCGGGACCUGCUGUCGAACCCGAAUACUCGACGAGAUUUUCUCUUUGGGCCUCCGGAUCUGCCGGAGAGCGGAAUACGAGCCUUACAUAGUCUGGUUUCUAAACCACGGCCUAGCAGCGAAAGCCUAUUGAAUUAAACGUCUAAUAGAAAAAUCUCGUUUAUAUUCAGUCGCCGUAAUGCGAGCAAGAGAGAAAGAAUACGAGCGAGAGAUACGAGAAGUAAGAGUGUUCUCAUACUUACCGCGUAUCCUAAUACUUUUACGUCGCACGCCGUGAGAAAAGAUCUCUCUGAAGAGAAAUAAUUCUCUGAGUAAUGAUAUUUAUAAUUACAACGUCGAGAUGUUUAAAACUCGAAUCGAGAACAAAGUGAAGCAUUCGCUCGAGAUUUAGCGCUGACAAUUCCAGAAAGAAAUAUUAAAAAAUUGACUAAGAAUAUGGCAGCAGACUGACAUCAAAUUGUUCUCGAAUUUCUAUUUAAUUUUUAUAGUAAUAGUUUCUCAUGGACAGCUUUUAUGUUAAUUUGUUAUUACGUAUGCUAUUGAUGCCUGUUGUUGAACGCGCGAUGUUUGCUUAAUUAAGAAUUUUUACUUGAAAAAUUAAAAUCUGUAAAAUUAAUCUUUUUUUUUUUUAUUAAGAUUUAUUUGUAUUGUUUAUUGUAUUUAAGAAAAACAUGAUUUUUGUCCAUCCUUUCUCUUCAGAUCGGUCAUUUGUCACAUCAAAAUGUUUGUACAAUAUUAUAGUUCAACUGUGAGUGUUCGAUUAUUUACACAAUGUAUAAACGGUAUGUUUUGUAUACAAUAUACGUAAUAGUGCGUUAUAUACAUGUGCAUAUGUGUAUAUAGAUAAUAUAUACACAUACAGAUACAGAUGCAGCAAACACAUAUGCAUGUGUAACAAAAUAUUACGAAUCUGGAAAUGUCAUAUUUAAGUGUUAUUUAUAUUUACACGACUAAGAGCAUAAUAUAAUUCAUUUAGAGCAUAAUAUAAUUUCAACUGAAUAGAUUUAUUUAUCAAGUUGAAGGACUCAUUUUGUUCUCAAUUGAUAGUCUGUAAUCAGGGCUCGUAAUCGAGCAUUGUACUGCAAUUGCUAAUUUUGAGAUUGUUAAUAUUUAGAUUUGUUUUAGAGUUUCUUGAUUUAAUGUUUUAAAUUUGUUUGUAAACGUCAUAUUUAAUAUCAAAUGUUUUUUUUUGCUUUUUUGUUUUUUAGUUUUUAACGUCGUAUUAAAAUCUUUCAUUAUAGCACGGAACAGAGCUGAAAUUUAGAUGUUGUUUUUCUUCUCGAAGCUGAUUUAUAUUUAUGAGGCUUCACCUGAUUUAUAUUUAUGAGGUUUAUUAAAAGCAGUUUAAAUAUAAUAAAAGAUUGUGUGUUCUUAAAAUGGCGCUGUCACGAGAUCUUCACUCAGCUUCAACAAUAUCAAAAUCUCAGCUGUAAUAAUAUAAUACUUGUAUAAAUUUUUAUCAGUAUUACUAAUUACAAUUAAAAAGAAAAUAUUUUAUUAUUAAUAUUAGUUAAAGAUAUGUAAUCAGUGACCUUAUUUAAUUAUUAAAAUUGAUAUUUAAUUAUUGAUGUUAAAAAUUUCAGCGACAUUCUUGACAACAUUUAUAUAAAAAACUACAUAUUCGCUAUAUUUGUUAUGUUUAAUUAUUUCAUAAAAUAUGUCUGAUAAUUUGUGUGAUAUAUAGAGUAUAGUAUUCAUUGUCUAUUUGAUUUUGCUAUAUAUACGCACAUGCACACAUGUACGCACAUUUUUACAACUAUAUGUCUUAAGCAAAAUAUUAAAAAAAAUAUUUUGAUAUCAAUCACUAUACAAAGUUUCAUUAAAUCAAUUAUAAACAUACAUCACUUCACAGCACACGCACAAAUAUAAAGAACAAAUUUUUUGUGUAUAGAUAUUGCACAUUUGACACAUCACAUAUAAGAAAAGUCUUAAUUAAUUAAAAACUUUAUGAGCCCUGGUUAUAUUAAAUAAAUUGAGAUAAAAAGUUGUAGAAUUAUAAA